AUGACAAAUGUGGGUCCAAUCCUUUUGUCAGUCAACCCCUACAAUGAUGUGGGCAACCCACUUACCCUCACCAGCACACGCGGAAUAGCCCUCAAUCCGAAACUCCUCCGGGUUGUCAACGAAGCAGUGAGACAGCAGUCGGAGACGGGCUACCCUCAGGCCAUCAUCCUCUCUGGUACCAGUGGCUCUGGCAAAACGUAUGCUUCGAUGCUUCUGCUGCGGCAGUUGUUUGAUGUGGCGGGUGGUGGUCCAGAAACAGAUGCCUUCAAACACCUCGCUGCUGCCUUCACGGUGCUGCGCUCACUUGGCAGUGCCAAGACAGCCACCAACUCUGAAUCUAGUCGAAUAGGCCACUUUAUUGAGGUACAGGUGACAGAUGGGGCGCUCUAUCGCACAAAGAUCCAUUGUUACUUCUUGGAUCAAACACGGGUCAUCAGGCCAUUACAUAAUGAGAAGAAUUACCACAUUUUCUACCAGAUGUUAGCUGGUCUUACACCAGAGGAAAGAGUCAAGCUAAGCCUAGAAGGCUAUUCUCCUCACAAUUUACAUUACUUAAUGUGUGGAGACACCAGACAAGAUGAGGCUGAGGAUGCAGCUCGUUUUCAAGCUUGGAAAGCUUGCUUAGGCGUUUUGGGCAUUCCCUUUUUGGAUGUAGUUCGGGUGUUGGCUGCAGUGCUUCUUUUGGGCAAUGUGCACUUUGUGGAUGGUCAGGGACUAGAGGUGGAUGUGAAAGGAGAGACGGAGCUAAAAGCUGUGGCAAGCCUACUGGGAGUGUCUGGUGUGGCUCUUUUCCGAGGUCUCACCUCAAGGACACAUAAUGCUCGGGGACAACUCAUCAAGUCUGUGUGUGAUGCCAACAUGUCAAACAUGACCAGAGAUUCAUUAGCGAAAGCUCUGUAUUGCCGCACUGUUGCUACCAUUGUUAGACGUGCCAAUAGUUUGAAGAGACUGGGUUCAACCUUAGGCACAUUGAGUUCAGAUUCCAAUGAAUCAGUACACAACCAAGCUGAGUUGGCAAGUCAGCAUGCCUCUACAAUUGGGACUGCUGGAUCCAAGUCUAGCAAAUCAAUGGCAGCUCUGAAUAAUGCAGUACGACAUGCCACUGAUGGCUUCAUUGGUAUCUUAGACAUGUUUGGAUUUGAAGACCCUAAGCCCAGUCAGUUGGAACAUUUAUGUAUAAAUCUCUGCGCGGAAACUAUGCAACAUUUCUACAACACUCACAUCUUUAAAUCAAGUAUUGAAUCCUGUCGGGAUGAAGGCAUACAUUGUGAAGUGGAGGUAGAUUAUGUUGAUAAUGUACCUUGUAUUGACCUCAUAUCUUCACUGCGUACUGGUUUAUUGAGUAUGUUAGAUGUAGAAUGCUCAAUAAGAGGUACUGCUGAGUCUUAUAUUGCCAAAGUAAAGGUUCAACAUAAACAAAAUCCUCGCCUUUUUGAACCAAAACCUCUUGAACCUCGUACCUUUGGUAUACAACAUUUUGCAGGUCGUGUUGUUUAUGAUGCUUCUGAUUUCUUAGACACAAAUAAAGAUGUUGUUCCUGAUGAUUUGGUUGCUGUUUUCCACAAGCACAGCUGCAAUUUCGGGUUUGCAACUCAUUUGUUUGGAACAGAACUGAAGGCCCUGUAUUCUUUGGACACUGUUCCUCGGGGAGUCAGUUUCAGGAUAUCACCUACUUCGCAUACUGAUUUGUUGAAUGGAGAUGAACCUGUAUCUACAUUAACUCAAGAUUUCCAUACAAGGCUUGAUAACUUGUUACGAACAUUGGUUCAUGCAAGACCACACUUUGUACGUUGUCUAAGAAGUAACUCAGUUGAAGUUCCUGGACGUUUUGACAGAGGAACUGUCAUGAGGCAAAUCAGAUCAUUGCAGGUUUUGGAAACUGUUAAUCUAAUGGCAGGAGGUUAUCCACAUCGAAUGCGUUUCAAGGCAUUUAAUUUGCGAUAUAGGUUACUUGCACCAUUUCAUCAACUAAGAAGAACUGAUGAUAAAGUCAUGGAUGACUGUCAGUUAAUUCUCCAAUGUCUCCAGCAUGCAAUGGAAGAACAACCAAAACUUCAGCCAUCUGUUAGCACAAGCUGGGCUUUAGGAAAACGACACAUAUUCUUGAGUGAGGGUGCUCGUCAAUUGUUAGAAACACUUCGAGGUGACACACGUCACAAUGCAGCUGUUAGAGUGCAAGCGAUAUGGAGGGCAUGGCGUGUGCGCCGUCGGUGGCCAGUUCUUCGCAGAACCCUGGAGCUCCAGCAAACAGCAACCACUGUGGUACAGAGACCUGGUGUAGUGGGAGUGACAAGUGCAGUGGCAGCAGCAGCUGUUGCAGGAGCCACAGGCACUGGUGCACGACCUCGACCACAGCCUAUAGCAGGCACUCCACCCCCUGAUCCCAACGAGAAGUGUGACCAGAAGAUGAUUCAGCAAACCUGUACCUUGUUUGGGCUAGAUUUGGAGCGCCCACCUCCUGUGCCACCAAGUCGUCCUUACACUGUAGCAGGGAACACAAAACUUGGUUACCCUCAAACAAGAGUAAUGAAAAUGCCAUUCCCAGAAGAUGCUAAUGGGGAAGUGGUGUUGCUGAAAGGAGAUACUGUGCUUGUGGUGGGAGCCUCCCAGAGACGUGGACAUCUGGUUGUAGAACACAACAACAUGAGUUUGCAUGUGCCAUUCCAAUUUCUUGAACUUAAACCUCUUGGUGUUAGUAUAUAAUGAAGAUGAAGAAUGAUUAUUGUGAUAUAGAAGAGAAUACUAACUGAAAACAGUGCAAGAAAUAUCCAGUAUUGAAUGAACUCAUUCCAAGUAACAAUUGUUUUUCUGUCUCAUUUGGUUCCUUUAGUCAUAUAGUAGCAAGUGUGAAUAAAUCCAUAGUACAAUGGCUAAUGAGAGUCAUUAGCAAUUUAAAACUGAAUCCUUAUAUCUGUGGCUCUUCAUUCCAAAAUACUGUUACAAAUAAUACCUUGUCAUGUAAAUUUUAAUAUAUUACAAUUUUGUUCAAACAAGGGUAAAGCAAAAUGACAACAACAAGGCAGGUAUUAUAAGUAUUAGAAAACCUGCUUUUUUAAUGCUUCUAUCUUAUUUCAGCAAACACCCGAAACAUUUUGUUAUUAAAAAAUAUUGAUUAAUUAGAGUAUGAUAAAUAUUUUAUUUUAUUUUUUCAUAAGUGCUUCCAUGUUAUUGAUUUCUUCAGAUUGAUAUAUCUGGUGCCUAAAUUUAUUCAAUAUGCUAGAGAAAAAAGAAAAUAUAUUGUAGAGAUGUUCCGAUAUAAUGCUAAAAUAUAAAUAUUUUUUAUAAUAGACAAUAUUAAUGAUAAAGAACAUUGGGUAGUUUCUUUAUAUGAAAUGUCUCAAAAAGCAUUUUUGCAUGUAGAGAAGUUUUCUAUGCUUCUUUAAAUAUUUUGUAAGUUCAGUAUUUCUAAAAUUUUAUAAGUGACAUGUGCAUAUAUUUUUGUUAAUGUGUCAGUGAUAUUGUUUAUCUAUUCAACUAUGAGAGACAGAAAUGAUAAAAGCUCUCGGUGUGGGGAUUGUGAUUUGAGUGUUUCUCAUUCAAAGAGAAGAAACUUCAAGAACUGAGCAGUGUGUAAUACGCAACUGAACUUGCCAACCAGCACCCACAAUAAAACAUUAAAUGUGUGUACAAAGCAAUUCUCCAUGUGCCAACAGAUAGUAUUCAUUUCAUUUGUGAAAUAGUUAAAGAAAAAUCAUAAAAACAGUCUGAUCAGAGCAUAAAAAUUAAUAAUGUGUAUAUAAUCUAUUUUCUUAUGCUGAUCCAUUACUUAAAUGAUACUGUAAUAAAUUACCUAUUAUAAAAUAUAAGUAAACUUGUGUUCACUCUUCAAGUAUUUGUUCUUUAAAAAGAAUGAUAAUGUUUUGCAGGUACCUAGAGCCUAUUCAUUGCACUACUUCAUGAUUCUGACUGAAUUAUUUAUAACUGAAAAAUUGUAACUAUAAGAUAUUAAUUCACAAAAUGGUUGGAGAAAGCAUCAGAAGAUUGUUAACAACCUAAAAACUAAUUAAUAUUACUGCAUUCUUUUAUCAAUAUGUCUUUUGGACUCAAUAAAAUAAAGAAUGUAGAAAACUCAUGAAUUCUUCAAUUCUUAAUGUACAAAAGUUAACUUUAAAAUUUUCAUGGACAUUUUUUUUAUUCAUUGGAAUGUAUGAACUUUUGAAUCAUGUUCAAAAAUAUAUAUUUGUGUAAGGAAAGGAAAUUUAUGAAGAAAUGAGUGAAUUGAUUCUUUGUUUCUUGACAGUCAAUAUCUGAAGGAAACAAUGAAUAGUAUACACUGUGCAUUGAUAUAUUUUUUCUGUAAU